UACAUAUUUAAUAAUACAUUAUUUAUUGUAUUAUAUUAAACUUUUUUAGAAUAGCUACAAAUGGUGCUGUAACAUGCUGACAGUCAAAUUUAUGUGUUAAAUUUGAUCUGAUAAGAAUCAGACUGUUUCAGACUCUUAACCUCUCUUCUCUAAACUGGAUCUCUAUAGAUGUGUUGAACUUCUUUCCAUUUUAUGCUUGGUCGUGCUGGGUAUGAAUUAUGCUGCUUAGUUAGUUAGUAUGAAUUAUGCUGCUUAGUUAGUUGGUCAUGCUGGGUAUGAAUUAUGGGAGAUAACUUUGAGAAUUGGAAUAGACAUGUUAACUUUAGAAGCAGUCUAUAAUAAGCCAUGAUGUCAAAAUUACAUAUGCAUAUUGUUACACAAAUGGGAAGGUGGUUAAAUUUGUUUGAUGUACGUAAGAAAAUUGCAUCAUGUAAUUGUACACAUGUUAUAAUUUGUCCCCCUCCCGUAGAUGCCCAUGCUUAGAACUUGUCGCUUGGCAAUGAACCUUGUGGUGUAGGUCUGAAAAUGUUAUAACAAUACCUUCAAAUCAUUAGUUUACACAAUCACUUUAAACUGCUAUAUGUGUUUUAAUUUAUAUUUUAGUGAUGGUUAUGGAGAGGGAUUGUUUUUGUUAAGCUAUUACCUAAUUGAAAGAUAUCUUUGUGUUAAGCUCAAACAUGUGGCACAUAAAAGAUUCAAUAAGGUUGCUUUAAAUGAGGCAGCUGGCAAGGGUAUAAACAAAAUUCCCAUAACUCCUAUGCCAUUGAAGGAUUAUAGAUGACCCAAAAAUCUGAAUCUCCAGUUUCCCAUCAUUAUCUUGCAUAUGCAAGUUCAUGUGUUUACUGUGAUUUUGGACUGAAGUGCACUGGUUGUUACCUGCUGAAAGGAUGUGAGUGAAAAGGACACAAAGCUAAAAUCUCUUUUUUGGAGUGCCUCUCAAGUACUAAAUUUCUCCAAGUAUCUUAGCAAAAAUAUAUAAUUUCUUCUCAUACAGAAUAUUAUAUCCUUUAGAGAUUAUAUUAAUUUUAUAUUAAUUGAAAAUACUAAACUGGUAAAAAUGCCAAUAAAUGUUACAGCUUUUAAAAAAUGCUUUGCUGCAAAAGACUCCCCCCACCCCUCCUCAGGACACCAUACUGAGAUGUUAAAAGAAGUGUAUUCUGAUGAAAGUUUAAAAAAAGAGACCACUCUCCCCAACUUGGGUGCCUUCCAGAUGUGUAGGUGCCUGGCAAGCAGGACACUGCCUAGAAUUUUGGGAGCUGAAGUUCACACACAGUUUAAGGAAGAAUGAAUUAUCAUUUAUCUGGAAGUAAAUCCAGUUUAAACCAAUAAAACUUUUAGUAGAUAUUCAUUGUGUAGCUUGGUUAAAGCAACUUUCUGUUCCUGUGCAUUUUAAAAUUCUUGUUCCAUGUGGCUAUUUUUAUGAACAUAUGAAGUAACUGAAAACUCUGUUGGGGGGGGUAAUGGUGAAGAGCCAGCGCAAGGAGGUGAUGUGCACAUUGAACUCCAGAGCUGCUAAUUUCUACAAACGGGCCCUGCUCCGGCCUGCUACCUUCCAAUUCUUUCCGACUACCUUAAUAGAGCCAUGCUGAAGAGGGAUGAUGGGAGUUGUAGUCUAACUUAACUGAAGCGCAUCAGGUUGCGGAAGGCUGCAGAAACCGAUCCCUGACCCGGGCGAUAGGGCGGGAUGUGAAGAAAGCACGCCCCCACGGGCGCUGAAGAAGCGACUGCUUCCGUCGGCUGCGGACCUCCAGGUACUUUAGGCGAUAACCAUGGAUAAUUAUGUAAUAAUUAAACUGAUUGGAGAAGGAUCAUUUGGCAAAAUAUUCUUAGCCAGAAAAAAAGAGGAUAAUCAACAAUGUGUUAUCAAGGAGAUCAAUUUAACCAAGAUGCAAAGGAAGGAAAAAGAAUCAUCUCAGAAAGAAGCAAUUCUUCUAGCCAAGAUGAAGCAUCCCAAUAUAGUAGCCUUUUAUGCUUCCCUUCAAGAGAAAAAUAAGCUAUAUAUUAUGAUGGAAUAUUGUGAUGGAGGUGACCUAAUGAAGAGAAUAAAUAUGCAGCAUGGAGUGCUGCUUGAUGAGGAUAAGAUCUUGGGUUGGUUUGUGCAAAUUGCCUUAGGCCUGAAGCAUAUACAUGACAGGAAGAUUCUGCACAGAGACAUAAAAACACAGAACAUUUUUCUUAGCAAUAAUGGAAUAACAGCAAAGCUGGGAGAUUUUGGGAUUGCAAGGAUGUUGAGCAACACAAUGGAAUUUGCUAGUACCUGUGUAGGAACACCAUAUUACUUAUCACCUGAAAUCUGUGAAAAUAAGCCAUAUAACAAUAAAACAGAUAUAUGGUCUCUUGGCUGUGUGUUAUAUGAGUUGUGUACUUUAAAGCAUCCUUUUGAAGGCAACAAUUUGCCCCAACUUAUAAUGAAGAUCUGCAGAGGCCAUUUCAUUCCUGUGUCUACAAAGUAUUCAUCUGAUCUGAGAUUGUUAAUAUCCCAGUUGUUUAGAACAUCUCCAAGAGAUCGCCCUUCUAUUAACUCUGUUUUAAAAAAAAACUUUUUAGAGAAGCAGAUAAAGAAUUAUUUGCCACCUGAGAUCAUGGAGGCAGAAUUCAGUCAUACUGUUAUUCACAGGAAAAAACCAUCAGCUUCACUAUCAGCAGCUCCUAAAGUUCAGAAACGAAGACUCCGUGGUCACUAUUCUCCAGAAAUGAAGAUGGAAAUGCUUCCUAGAAAAGAAUUAUUGUAUAAAAAUGAAUGCUAUUCUCCUUCAAGGAUUCAGGAUCCAAUUAUUAAGCCCUUGGGUCCUGCGUUUAAAAUAUGUGGGAAGCCAGAGGUCAUUAGAAUGUGUGGACAUUAUGACCAUUAUUACGUAAUGCUGAGAAACUUGCAGAAGAAAUCUUUAGUCCAAGAUGAUGAUCCUCAUACUGGCCAGAGAAUGGAAGAGUAUUUUAAGCAGAAAGGACAAGAACCACCUCCUCCUCCACCUCAUGGGCCUUCAGAGUAUCUUCAGAGACGAUUCAAUGCCCAGCAAAACAAGUUAAAAGUAGAGAAGCAACUGGGACUACGACCAUCUUCGGCUGACUUUUGUCAGCUGCAGAAUCAAGAAAUGAAGGAAGGACAGCUCAAAGCCUAUAAGAAUGCUCUUGUUCAAGAAAAUGAAAUGAAAGAACGGGAAUACCUGAAACAGCUGCAUGAAAUUCGCCGACAGUACCAGAGUGAAGUAAAUGAAAUUCGUCUUAAAGCAGAAGCACUCAAGGACAAUAAAAAGAUAAAGGACAAAACCUAUAUUGUGAAAGAGGGAAAGAGUGAGGACCAGUCUACUCCUGAUAUUAAUCAUGAAGAAACAAAUGAACCAGGCCAGGACAUGGAACAAAACUUGAAACAAAUUGGACUCCAGAAUUGGCAGGAGAAGAACAUCCCAGAAGUAAAACAGAAAGCAAAGGGAGGUGUAAAGUUUCAGAUUGAUCUAAGAGGUGAUGCAGCAGAUGAGAAAAACAUUCAGGAAGAGAAUGAGCAGCAUGAUAAACUUAAUGAAACACUGACUUUUGAAAACGGAGAAAACCUUAAGAAAAAACUGGCAAACUAUGAGGAAGAGUUAAGGCACUGGAAGAUGGAGAUUGACAAUGAAGACAGUGUGACAAAAGACAGAAAACACUGGCAAACUUCAGCUCCAUGGACACUGCUGAAUCUCUUAGAAAAUGCAGAUAUCACUUCUGUAUGGACUGCAAUGAAUGAAGUGGGCCAGGUAAACGAAAUACAUUCUGAGUUCCCUGAAACCAGGAAAAAAUGGAGCCCAAAAUUACCUACGACUCUAAUGAACAUGUUAGCAGAAGCAGAAUGUUCCAGUGACACCUUGUGCCAAGUUGAAGAACCUAAAGAAACAAUAAAUCAUUGGACUCCAGAAUCUGUUAAAGGUGCACCAGAAGUUAGUUCUGCUGUUAACACAGAUGAAAGUAAACUUGAUCCAAGAUCUGAUGAUGAUGACACAAACUUUGAAGAAUCUGAAGAUGAACUGAGGGAUGAGCUAGUGGAAUCUUUGGAAAAUGUGGUAAUGUCUCUAGAGGAGGAGAUUUUAAAAGGUCCAAUUGAAUCAGCAAACACAGAACAACAGGAACAAAGUAUAGCCAAUAGGAAACUUAGCAAAUCUAGUGAGAGUUUGGAAGAUAAUAAUGACUUGACUGGAGAAAAGCAAGGUGCAAUCAGUUAACACAUUCUUGGGUAAUAAAUCCUUACUUAAUAAUUAAUGAUAACCAAUUGUAUGCAUGUUAAGAACCAAGAGUUUAGAAAGUGGGUGCUUCAUCUUUUCCUUGCAAAUUUCACAGAGUAGGCUAGUGUACUAAAGUAAAAAUCUCUAGAGCUGUAAAGAUGUAUCUCUUUGCCAUUAAUAAGCCGCCAACGUAGAUACACUUUCAAGGGUGCAUCCCAAUAACCAAAUCUAUAACACCUAUAAAUAUAGAGCUUCACUACUCACUGUGUGUUAUUUUUCUGAUGAAAACAGAUCUUAUUUAACUUAGAUCUAAUUCCCAAUAAGAUGGAAAUCCUGGGUGUGGACUGGACUAAUUCUGUUGAUGGCGAGGGAGCUUAAAUAGUUGAAUACUCCAAUGGGAAAAAAAUCUCAAUAUAACAGCAGAAGUUAAAAUUGUUUCUAACCUAACUUUGUUGUAUGUACUAAUUUUAUGAUUGGAGAAUUCAGUUGUCUGAGCCUCUGCUAUCCUCUCAAAGAAAAAAACAAAUUCAUAUAUAAUUUGACCUUUCUGAGAUCAUUUUCAUUAUAUACACUAUUUAACAGCUUUAGAUAAUGUACAAUUUGCAUGGUUUCAGAUGACAGCCAUUUUUCAUUAAACAUUAUUUUGACAAUUGAUCUGUAAUAAGUCUUAAGCAUUCAGUUUUGGAUGUAUUAAACUGAUUUUUGUUAACUAAAGAAUAGAUUAUGGAAAGAAUUAAACUGAUGAAAUAGAUUUAAGCCCUCAUUAAAAAUAUAUGCUCAAUGCUAUUAUGACAAGAACUAGGUAAUCACUACUGAAAGCUGGAUAUUUUGUGGCAAUUUUUAGAAGAUAAGUGGGACUUUAAGUCCUGUUUGAAAUUAUAAAAUAAAAAUUUGUCAAAGAAACAUGCUCUGUCAGGAUAUUUUCAGU